AUGUCUGAGCUCUUCGACUUGCUCAACUUCGGCACACCAAUACAUGGGCAUGGCGCCCCUGAUCGGCCACGCAGCGCCUCACCCUCACCGCGUGGUCAUGUAGCUUGGGCCGCCAGUCAGCCCAGCUCGUCCCCCAAAGAGCUUUGGGACUUGGCGUCCAGCAUGGCCCUGCCUGCUGGCGCCUUACCGCCGCCGCUAAACGAAAAAACCAACAUGUUCGAUACAUCGAUGCACGAUACCACCGAUGGCGUAAAAAGCCCUAGCCAGAUUCGCGCUACGCGCACACGACGGCGUGCUCGUGCGUCCGCUGUGCCUGUGUCUUAUACCUAUAAUAUGUGCCUUUAUGCGCCAUCGUCAUCUACAUCCCAUACAAAUACAUCAAAAGAGACCUCUCCUGAGCCUCCUGCAAAGCGGCGGCGCCAGCAUUCGGGCAUCCAACGCACUCGCAGCGAUCCUACAGCAUCGACAUCGUCACCUUCUCACACCCCUACGCCGCCGCAUGCGCCUCUAUCUCCUACCCCAACACGGCCAUGCUCGUCAAGUACCGUUCCUACACCAGCGAAAACAAACAAAACGAAGAAAGAGGAGGACGUCGCGGCGCCCAGCUCAGACGACAGCUUUGCACGGAUCCUCGAGGACGAUUUCCCGAUCGACGUUGCCGCAGUUGAAGAAAUGGCUGCCUUGCAGGGAUGGUAA